UGUUUUUCCCUUUUUAUAUAGCUGCACAGUGAUUACAUGUUUGCAGUUUGGGGUUCUUAACAAAAUUUUCCAAACCCUCUUGGCUCUCUGUUUCUCUGGAUCUUCCCAGCAGCUUACUUUCCCUUGACUUUUUUUUUGUCCAGUUGUGUGACGUGUGAGUGGAGUUCCUGCCCCUGUUCCUUGCAAUAUAGUUUAGAGGGAAGGAGAGGGACUCACGGAGAGGCGGACAUGUACUUGACCUGUCAAAGGGAAGUUUAAUUCAAGGUAUAAACAAGAGGUGCUGUUUGUGUUUUGGCCAAAGUGUGUAUCGUUUGUCCUCACAGGGGAGCCAGACGAGGAGGAGGAAAGACCUGGAGAAAGAGACUAAAGCUGAGAGAAAGUGAGAAAGUAACUGACGUGGGGCGGGGGGAGAAGAAGAUAAGUUGCCUAAUUCUGUCACCCACUGGCAAAGGUGGAUGACAAGUUACAGUUGAGGAGUCUGUCACGGGAGGAGGAGCACCUGGGGGGGGACCACCAAUUCAGCCUUCUUCUUCCAACAACAACAGGACAGGAUGAGGUACCAAGGCAGGGAGGUGGACGUUGAAGGAAGAGUGCGUCUGGUGAUGGAGAGCGCCCUGACCGCCCGGGACAGGGUCGGGGUGCAGGACUUUGUCUUGCUGGAAAACUACAACAGUGAGGCAGCCUUCAUAGAGAACCUACGGAGACGCUUCGGAGAAAAUCUCAUCUAUACGUAUAUUGGCUCAGUGUUGGUGUCGGUGAACCCUUACAAAGAGCUGGAGAUUUACUCCAAGCAGCAGAUGGAACGCUACAGAGGGGUCAGCUUCUAUGAGAUAUCGCCGCACAUCUACGCCGUGUCAGACAACACUUACCGGGCCAUGCGGACCGAAAGGAAGGACCAGUGUAUUCUGAUAUCAGGUGAGAGUGGAGCAGGUAAAACAGAGGCGUCCAAGAAGAUCCUCCUCUACUACGCCGUCACCUGCCCCACUAAUGAUCACAUGGCUACCCUAGGUGACCGCCUACUGCAGUCGAACCCUGUUCUGGAGGCAUUUGGCAACGCCAAAACACUUAGGAAUGACAACUCCAGCCGCUUUGGAAAAUACAUGGAUGUCCAGUUUGACUUUAGGGGGGCACCAGUGGGCGGUCACAUCCUGAACUACCUGCUGGAGAAAUCCCGUGUAGUGCACCAGAACCACGGUGAGAGGAACUUCCACAUCUUCUAUCAGCUUCUGGAUGGAGGAGACAACGACCUGCUUACCACGCUGGACCUGGAAAGAAACCCUCAGCACUACCAUUAUCUGGGCAACUGUCCCAGACUCAGCUCCGUCAGUGACAAGAACAAUUGGAAAGUUGUGAUGAAGGCCCUGUCUGUUAUUGGCUUCACCGAGGAAGAAGUGCAGAAAUUGCUGAAUAUCAUCGCCAGUGUUCUCCAUCUGGGUAACACUCAGUUUGGGGAAGAAGAGGAAGGAGAAACUUAUAUCACCACUGAGACUCAGAUAACAAAUCUUGCGAAGCUGCUGGGUGUUGAUGGCUCAGCCCUCGGGGAGGCACUCACUCACAAGAAGCUCACUGCCAAAGGAGAGGAGAUGAUCAGCCCACUAGAUUUUGAGCAGGCAGUGUCUGCCCGUGAUGCCUUAGCCAAGGCCGUGUAUGGUCGGACCUUCACUUGGUUGGUGGAGAAGAUCAAUCAGUCGCUGGCUCUCAAGGAUGAAAUCUACCACAGCGGUAAGGGCUGCUCAGUUAUAGGGCUUCUUGAUAUCUAUGGCUUUGAGGUCCUACAGCACAAUAGUUUUGAGCAGUUCUGCAUCAACUAUUGCAACGAGAAGCUUCAGCAGCUGUUUAUUGAGCUCACCCUGAGAUCUGAGCAGGAGGAGUAUGAGACAGAAGGAAUUGCAUGGGAGACGGUGCAAUACUUUGACAACAAGAUCAUUUGUGACCUGAUAGAGGAAAAGCACAAAGGCAUCAUCUCCAUUCUGGACGAGGAGUGUCUGAGACCUGGAGAGACCUGUGAUUUCUCCUUUUUAGAGAAAUUGGAAGACACACUGGGCGGCCAUCCCCAUUUUGUCACUCACAAGUUGGCAAAUGGAAAAACUCGCAGGGUAAUGAGUAGGGAGGAGUUCAGGCUGCUGCAUUAUGCUGGAGAGGUCAACUACAAUAUCAAUGGUUUCCUAGAUAAGAACAAUGAUUUGCUGAACAGGAACCUGAAAGAGGUCAUGUGCCAGUCAGACAACCAGAUCAUAAGUCACUGCUUCCGCAGAGAGGAAGUGAUAGACCAGAAACGCCCAGAGAUGGCAGCCACUCAGUUUAAAAACAGCCUGACGAAACUUAUGGAGAUCCUCAUGUCUAAAGAGCCAUCCUACGUGCGCUGUAUCAAACCUAAUGAUGCCAAGCAGCCAGGAAGGUUUGAUGAAGUUCUGGUCAGACACCAGGUGAAGUACCUGGGCCUGAUGGAAAACCUGAGGGUCAGGAGAGCUGGCUUUGCCUAUCGACGUCGCUUUGAAGCCUUCCUGCAGAGGUAUAAGCCCCUGUGUCCUGAGACGUGGCCCAAUUGGCAUGGCAGACUGGCAGAUGGUGUCUCGGCACUGGUCAACCACCUAGGCUACAAAGCAGAGGAGUACAAACUGGGCAGGUCAAAAAUCUUCAUCCGUUUCCCAAAAACUCUCUUCACCACUGAGGAUGCACUUGAAGCAAAAAAACCAGACAUAGCUUUGACCUUGCAGACGUCAUGGAGAGGCUACAGGGAGAGAGCCAAGUACCAACGCAUCAGACGCGCAGUGAUUGUGAUCCAGUCUGGGUGGCGAGGGAUGAAAGCACGCAGGAGGGCUAAGAGGCGUCGACAGGCUGCUGAGUUAAUACGCAGGUUUAUAAAGGGCUUCAUCUACCGCCAUGAGGAAUACUGCCCUGAGAAUGAGUAUUUCCUGGAUCAUGUGCGCUACUCCUUCCUCAAGAAUCUACGUAAAAACCUGCCCAAGAGCGUUUUGGACAAAAACUGGCCGACACCUCCACUCUCCCUCAUUGAGGCCUCUGAGCAUCUGCGGAGGAUGCACAUGAGAAACAUGGUCAUGAAGUAUUGCAGGAGGGUCCAACCUGAAUGGAAGAAGCAGAUGAUGCAGAAGGUUGUAGCCAGUGAGAUCUUCAAGGAUCAGAAAGACAGCUACCCUCAGGGUGUUGGAAGGCUGUUUUUGGACUCCAGGCUGGAACGUGAGCAAAUCAAUCUCAAAGUCAUCCAGACCCUCGCCAAUGACAAAGUGCAGUACGGUGUUUCAGUCGUAAAGCAUGACAGGAGGGGUUUCAAGCCUCGCUCUCGCCAGCUGCUCCUCACUAACACCUUUGCUGUGCUGGUGGACCGGACCAAGCUCAAACAGAGGAUUGACUACACCGCUCUGAGAGGUAUCUCUGUGAGCUCCCUCAGCGAUGGGAUGUUUGUUCUGCACCUGCCCAAUGAGGACAAUAAGCAGAAGGGCGAUUUGGUCCUACACUGCAACCAUGUGAUCGAGCUGGUGACAAAACUAGCCAUGAUGGCCAGCAAAGUCAACUAUGUCAACAUCAGCCCGGGCAGUAUUAGGUUUGCUAUGGCUCGAGGCAAAGAGGGAAUCAUUGAUUUCGUCAGGGGUUCAGAGCUAAAGGUUACCAAAGGCAAGCGAGGACAUCUGCUAGUGACUGCCCCGCGGAUCAACUCCACAUGAAGAAACCGAAAAACAGCAACCAGACAAACGCUAAUCCUUUUAGCUAACUGGAGGAUUGCCACUCAGAAGUUGUGUUAGUUUGUAGUUUGUUUGCCGACACGAUGCUUCCACAAGCACACACGACAUACUCAACUGAAGGAAGAUCCCUUAUUAAUUCAUAUGCAUCAUCAUUAUUACAAGAAUGUAUUUACAGUUUUUUACAAUCACUUUGCUACUAAUUUCAGAACCUUGACGUCAUUUUUCAAAACUCUAGACA